GGAUCGCAGCCGUUGAAAGCUAAGCACCCGAAACCAAAAGUCAUACGCGCUUCGUUCAUUCGUUACGAGAAGCAUCCACAUUCAUGCUCUCGUCUUUUUGUGUCCCCCCGCCAAUCUAGACAAACCCAUUGCUCUUUCUCAGAUCUUGUCUUUUUGAGCCCCUUCUCACUUUCCUCUCUGAUCUCUCUCUCCCAGUGCAAAAGUUUCUGUUUUUCUGAUCUGCAACCGUGAAGGAGGUUUAAUCAUGGCGGACUGGGGGCCAGUGAUAGUAGCAGUGGUGUUGUUCGUGUUGUUGAGUCCGGGAUUGUUGUUUCAGAUUCCGGCAAAAGGAAGGGUGGUGGAGUUUGGGAACAUGCAGACAAGCGGUGCUUCUAUUUUGGUCCAUGCCAUCAUUUACUUUGGCCUCAUCACCAUCUUCCUUAUUGCCAUUGGUGUCCACAUCUAUACUGGUACACAAGGUGAAAACGUUUCGUUUCCAUUCCUUAGCUCAACUUUCUCAGCAGCUAAACGGUCUCAAUAAAGAUGACAAAGAGUCAAAGAAAGUGAAAGCAGAGAUCGGUGGAAGAAAUCCUAACCCAAAGAUCUCUGACAGACCUGGGACAAUGGGAACCAACAAGGAAACAAAAUCAGAAAACGCUUGGGCUACCUAGGACAACGAGAACUAGCUUCCAUGGAAUCAUGACGGAGAGAAGAGGGAGAGAAAGGAGAGAAGAGGGAGAGAAAAGCAAGCUUGGGCCAAGAAAUAGUGAAAACGAGGGAAAGGAGAGAGAGGGCUGUUGGACGGACUUUUAUUGAAUAAAAUAAACAUUUGGUCUAUCUACAGUGAAACACCAAAUAUGACCUCUGCCUCUGGAUUACUGUAGCUCAAAGCCAAAGAAGUAUUACUUUGGCUAAUUCAAUGCAGAUGUUUUUAUGUCAAAUAAGCUAAAUAUUUGAAUUU